AACUUGCCAAGCGGGAGCGCGAGCUGGAAGAGCAACGAAGGAGGGAGGAGGAGGAGAGGAAGAAGAAAGAGAAGGAGCGCAAGGAGCACGAGCGAAAAGCGCGGCAGGAGGCGCGGCUGGCGGAGGAGAGGCGAAGGAUACAGGAGGAGGCGGAUCGUCUUGAGGAGCAACGACGGGCAGAGCAGCGUGCCGCAGAGGCCAAACGAGUCGAGACCGAGGAAGAGGCGCGAAGGCGCGAGGAGGUGGAGAAGGAGGAGCGCCGGAAGCGCGCGGAGCAGCGCAGGAAGGACAUCAAAGAGAAGGCGGAGCUCGCGAAGAAGGCCUUCGCGGCGGGCCUGUCCCCGGCGGCCGCCGCCUCGGCGGCGGCCUCGGCCCAGGCGGCGCAGGAGUCCACGCCGGAGGCGCAGCUCACUGUGGCUGUGCUGGGCCACCAAGGCUCGGGGAAGACGACUUUGGUGGGGGCCCUGAUGCUGGCCACGGGCCUCUUGAGCGAGCGUGACCUGGUGAAGCGGCAGAAGGACUUGGAGCGCAACCCCUGCGACUUCCUGCAGAGGGAGGAUGGGCUGCGCCUGGGUGCCGUGGAACUGGCGCUUCUGGACGUGCCGGGAGGCCGGCGGUGCCUGCCGCAGGCGGUGGCCGCGGCGGCGGAGGCGGACGUGGCGCUGCUGGCGGUGUCCGCCAGGGGCAAGGAGCUGGAAGCCGCCCUGCGGGAGGCGAGCGGCAGCUCGGCCCUGGCGGAGCAGCUGCGGGUGGCCAAGGGCCUGGGCGCCUCCAGGCUGGUGGUGGCCAUCACGAAGAUGGAGGAUGCCCAGUGGUCACAGGACCGCUUCGAUGAGGUGGUGGCCAAGCUGAGCCCUGUGCUGACAAGCGCAGGCUUCAGCUCCUCGGCGGCCAUCUUUGAGCCGGUGGACGGCCUGGGGAACCAGCUGGACGCCAAGAAGGCGCCCUGGCACGGAUCUCCCGGCGGCCUCUUGCGGCGUUUGGAGGAGGCCGCCAAGGAGGCGGUGCCCAGGCCCGGGGACCUCCAGGUCUUGCUCUUCGAGAGCCAGGCCAGCACCAAAGGUGUCGGCCGCGUGCGUGGGCGCGUGGAGCAAGGUGUGCUGCAGAAGGGCCAGCGCCUGGUCUUGGCCCCCGGCGGCGCCGGCUGCGCCGUGGAGGCUUUGCACACCGGGGCCUUGCGCAACGCGCUGCCGCUGGAGGAGGCGAAAUCUGGGCAGUGCGUGGACAUCCAGCUCUCUGGCGCCCUGCCGGAGUGGCCCAACCAGGGAGGCGCGUCGGUGGCCUCGUGGUGUGGUGCCGUGCUCUCCAGCGUGGACCGACCCGUGCAGGUGAGCCAGCGCCUUAAGGCCUCGCUGGAGAUCUUGGAGCUGCCCAGGCCCUUGACCGCUGGCUUCCGGGCGGUGCUCCAUGUGCAUGCUGCGACAGUGGAGGUGGAGGUGGAGAAGAUCAUCGAUGCCUUCGACUGGGCCACGGGGGUGACGACGGAGAAGCCGAAGAUGGUGAAGGCCGGGCAGCGCCUCACGGUGACCUUGCACCUCUCCAGGGAGGUUCCACUGAGCGAGUCCUCCGACGGCAAGGGCAACCGCCUCAGCCUGCUGAUGAUGCGCCUGGAGGAGACUACUGUGGCCACCGGCUACGUCCUGGAGGCGAAGUGAGGUCCGCUUCAUGCCCGCGCGACUGGCCGAAGGGAGGAAGCCUCGGAGCCAAAUCCGGUUCGUCCCUGAUACGUGUGGAAAGGUUAAAAGUUGGCAGGUGAUGACCACGUGAAGAUGGAAUCUAGACAUUUAGUGCUGAGAUCCCUAUUUCUAGAUACAUAGAACCCAGGGACCCUCCUUUGACCGGGCGAGUUGCGCUAUCGUCGAAAUUCUU